AUUUCUGAAAAUACCACUGCCCACGGGGGGGGAAGAGAUCGUCACGACCGAACUCAAUCUGAAACUCUGAAAACCCUAAAACAAGAUAAACCCCUUUUGACCAAACUCCAACUCCAAACUAGAUCCCCUUCCGACAAUGUCUUCUCAUCUCUUCCUCCGGUCUCGGAUCUCUCUCCUCCGAACCCUCAAACCCAAUCACCACAUCAGAACCAUUUCCGGUACGCCGUCCCUCUAUCAAGAUCCCCAGCUCGCAACCGAUCACGAAUCCACCACGCUCCCUCCAAAUCCAGCAACAGGAAGCCCUCUCUACCAGGAGAACUGGCGGAGCCCGAUCCCGAACUCGCCCUCCUUCAGCCAAUCACUAGUCCCCAUGGGAUUCCUAAACCAAGCCCCCGCCGCCCGCAUCAGAGCCCUCUCCGAGACCCUCGACAUGAUCUCGCUGCUCAACAUGUUCGCCGACUGGACCGCGUCGCAGCGCUGGUCCGACAUGAAGCAGCUAUUCGAGUUCUGGGUCCGGUCGCUCGACAAGAACGGGAAGCCGAACAAGCCGGAUGUCAACCUUUACAACCAUUACCUUAGGGCUAAUUUGAUGAUGGGCGCUGCACCUAGUGACAUGCUCGAUCUCGUUGCGAUGAUGGAUGAUUUCUCCGUGGCCCCUAAUACGGCGUCGUAUAAUCUUGUCUUGAAGGCUAUGCAUCAGGCGAAAGAGACUGAGGUUGCGGAGAAGCUGCUUAACAGGAUGCUGAUAUCAGGGAAGGAUGAAUCUCGUCCGGAUGAUGAAUCAUAUGAUUUGGUUAUUGGAAUGCUGUAUUCUAAUGGGGAGAAUGACAAAGCCAUGCAGCUUCUGGACAUCGCACUAAAAUCUGGUUACAUGUUGUCCACCACUGUUUUUAGCGAAUGUGUGCGUAGCUGUGUAGCCAAAGGUAGGACAGAUACACUGGUCUCCAUCAUCGAGAGGUGUAAGUCUCUUGAUCGGAACAAGUCCCUAUGCCCUAGCUGGAUACUCUGUACAUACAUGGCUGAAGUAGCAACUCAAGAGGACAAUAGCAAAUUAGCAUUCUACGCGUUUGAGUUCAUGUACAAUUGGAUCAAUAGAGGAGAAAUGGCUAGGCCCUCGGUUUUACUCUCUGUUGAUGAAGGUUUGGUGGUGUCAGCUCUCGCAACCGCUGCUAGGACGUGCAAUCCGACUUUAAUAGAUGGAUCGUGGAUGAUUCUGAAACGGAGCCUGCGUGGGAAGAAGGCAGCCAACCCUGCGGCUUAUGUUGCGAAGAUAAAUGCUUACGCAUCGUUGGGAAACCUGCAGAAAGCUUUCGCCGCACUUAAUGAGUUUGAAAACGCAUACAAGGACGCUGAAAAGGAAGUUAAGGAGGAAAUGCUUUCUCCUUUUACAUCGUUGUACCCGCUGGUUGUGGCCUGUUCUAAGAAAGGUUUUGAGACAUUGGAUGAGGUAUACUUCCAGCUGGAGACAUUGAGUAAAGGUGAUACUCCGUACAAGUCCGUUGCUGCUCUAAACUGUAUAGUUCUUGGCUGCGCAAACACAUGGGAUCUGGAUCGUGCUUACCAGACGUUUGAUGCAAUAAGUACUUCUUUUGGGCUGACUCCUAAUAUUGAUUCGUACAAUGCUUUAAUAUAUGCAUUUGGAAAGGUCAAGAAGACUCCUGAGGCUACAAGAGUAUACAGUCAUCUAGUUGGGGAAGGUGUUAAGCCUGAUGCCCGGACGUUUUCAUUGCUGGUUGAUGCUCAUCUCAUUAACCGGGAUCCCGAAUCAGCUCUGACGGUCAUCGAUGACAUGAUCAAAGCUGGAUUUGAACCUUCCAAGGAGACACUGAAGAAGCUGAGAAGGCGAUGUAUCAGGGAGCUAGACAACGAAAACGAUGAUAAGGUGGAGUCUUUGGCCAAGAAGUUUCAAAUAAGGAUGGGAUCAGAGAACCGGAGGAACAUGCUGUUCAACAUGGAUUACUCCAGGGUUCGCGCAUAAUGAAGGGCUAAAUAAGCUCUUGUUGAGGAAGGAGGGAGGUAUGAGAAUCUCAGGCUCAUCGAAUCUUUGAAGCUAUGGACCGUUGCUCCGUGUUUCAUUGCUGUCAGUUGCUUCAUUUAUAAUCGUUUCGAGUCCUUAAAUCUGAUUUGUUUUUCCAUUACAUAGCUCGUUGUUUUAGGAUCAGUGGUUCACUAGUCUCUCUUGCAGAUGUUUUCAUGCAGCAUUGACCAAUAAAUGUCAAAACUUUUUGGAAGAUUCCUAUCUUUUUUUUAUCUUUAUAAAAGCCUUUGUUU